AUGCCUAUUUCCAAAAAAGAUAGAAUUUCUCGCGAGCACAAGAAGGCCGAUAAGGAAGGUACCCGCGCCCCGGUCAAGGCCAACGGUCUCCCAGUCAAAGCCGUCGCACCAAAGUCAAAAUGCGAGUUUUGCAAAAUGGAGUUGGUCAACACAAACGUAGCACAAUUGAUAAGCCAUGCCACGAAGCACGAAGACAAGGGAUGGACCAAGGAGAAGUGCUGGCCCAAUGAUUUCACCGCAUAG